GACACGCCUUCCGCGGGUCUGUUUACGGUACAAUUAUUCUUCGAACAAGCUAUUUAGUCGCGGGACACGAAUUUCGACGCGACCGUUUUCACGCAUACGUUAACGUAGUUGCGCGACGAACGCUGUAGAAUCGCAAGCUCCGGUGCUCGGUGGACCGCCAAAGAAAAGUCGAAAGGCACACGCUGCUCGAUUCUGGAAAAGGAGUCAGUCUGUCAGCAGCUAACAGAACGGAGCUGCCAUCCCAGCGACUCCUCCACAUGUGGACAUCGCCGUCCCGACUCAGGAUCGGUCGAGCACCCAGGAAAAAGACGACACCUUAGGCUGAUAGCUGCCCCAGCAGCUACCGGAAUCUGUGAACGAUGGAGAAUACCAAAAGGAAGCUGUCCUUCCUUGGCUUUGGCAAAAGGGUAUCGGUCGACGGUCAUGGCAUGGAAACGGGACCGGAACUGGACGAGGAGAUGGAGAAGGUUUUCGCGAUGGACGCUGGGGAGAGGUUCGACGUAGCCCGGCUCGGAUCACCUACAGAAUCGGCUGGAUCCAAUCGAGAUCGAGAUCGGGAUCGAGGACCACCACCGCGAUAUGGCGAUCGCGAUUUCAAUCAGCACCGAAAGAGAAGUUAUCCUCAUCCGUAUAUGCCCCUGAAAAGCAUCCAUUCCAGAUCUAUGCGACGACAUCUCUCUCCCGAAGGAUCCACAGCGGAAGUUGGCCAAGAAGAGGAGAACGGUCAGGCCGGUGCAGGCAAUGGUGGCGGCCAAGAGAUAGACGGGAUGGACAACGGGUUGUCGUUGGGCAGCGGACACGACGUCGACGAGGAAACCGCCGAGGAAACGGAGAACGUUGUCAGCAGUGAGAGCGAGGCGCCGAUCUCGGAGAGGGCCGCUUCCGGUUUCACCGACAAUGCAACCGUUGGUAGUCCGCGAGUUCAGUUCGAAAAUAUCAAGGAGGAAGAUGUUCCUACGCCCCCGCAGGACGACGCGCAGACAGUCGUCGCAUCCGGGCCCCACGAGGAGGACCGGAAGUGUCGGAGGCACCAGAAACACGAGCACAAAAGACACCAUUACAAGUCGCGGAAGUACUCGCUUCAAGAGGAUCCGCAAUGGCGGAAACGGUCGGGAGCUGGGCUCCCGGACGGGGCGGGCGUCCUCGCGAGGAGGGUGAGCGUGCAGCCGGAAGAGGCGAGCACGUUGCAGGAGCUGGACAUCGACGACCUGGAGUCGCACAGAAGCGACGAUCCACGGGGUAUGAGGCGACACAAGGCGGCCCACUCGACCGUGCAGAUCGGGCGCAGGAAAGAGGGCGGUAUACCCCACGACACCUUCAAGAAGAUGUACGAUCACUCGCCGCACGAGGUGUUCGUCCAGCUGGACGAGCUCCAGGGGCUCGGGGAGGAACGCGAGUGGCGGGAAACCGCGAGAUGGAUCAAAUACGAGGAGGACGUGGAAGAGGGGGCGGAUAGAUGGGGCAGGCCCCACGUGGCUUCGUUGAGCUUCCACUCUUUGUUGAAUCUAAGACGUUGCUUGGAGACCGGGGUGGUUCUUCUCGAUCUCGAGGAGAAGGAUCUGCCCGGGUUGGCGUACAGAGUGGUCGAGCAGAUGGUCGUCGAGGAGCUGAUCCUGCCCGAGGACAGACCCGUGAUCAUGAGGGCUCUGCUCCUCAGACACAGGCACGUGCACGAUCACGAUCGCGGUUUCCGGUUCGGUGGAAAGAGGAACUAUUCCAGCUACACCAGCCUUCAGUCUUUCUGUCUGGAGGAAGAAGACGCUGCGCGGGAAGCCUCUGAGAACCAUGUAACCCAACAUAACUUGAACGACGCGAAGCCGAAAAUCCUGUCGUCGAGCUUGGCCCUGGACGGCAACCACACGGUCGUUGACAUGAAGGAAGAGCUGACGUACACCGGCAGCAACGAGGACCUGAAAAAGGGCCACAACGACUACAUCUUGAAGAGGAUCCCGGCCGGCGCCGAAGCCACGGUCGUCCUGGUCGGCGCGGUCGACUUUCUGGACCAACCGACGAUCGCUUUCGUUCGACUCGCCGAGGGUGUGUUCAUUCCGUCGAUCACGGAGAUCACUAUACCGGUAAGAUUCAUGUUCAUCCUGCUGGGACCAAGGAACGCCGAUCUGGACUACCACGAGAUCGGUAGAUCGAUCGCCACCUUGAUGGCGAACACGUCCUUUCACAAAGUCGCGUACAAAGCCAACGAGAGGCGCGAACUUCUGUCCGCGAUCAACGAGUUCCUCGACGACUCUAUCGUCCUGCCCCCUGGUGACUGGGAGCGGCAGGCGUUACUGCCAUUCAACGAGCUCAAGGCGAAGAGCGAGGCUAUCAGAAAUCGGAAGGCCAAGGCGCUCGAGGAGAAGAGCAAACCGAUCCAAAGCGAGGCCGCCAUCAAGAAAGCUAUUCUCGUUGGCGAAGAGAGGAAACCACCUGGCGACGACGAUCCGCUCCGUAGAACGAAACGUCCGUUCGGUGGUCUCAUCAACGACAUCAAAAGACGCUAUCCUUUCUACCUGUCCGACUUCACGGACGGUUUGAACUCCUCCUGCCUGGCAGCUGCCAUCUUCAUGUACUUUGCCGCUCUGUGCACGGCCAUCACGUUCGGCGGUCUGAUGAGCGACAAGACCCACGACGUGAUCGGUAUAUCGGAGACCCUGGUCUCUGGUUCGUGGACCGGAGUGGUGAUGGCCUUGUUCUCCACCCAACCGUUGGUCAUCAUCGGCACCACCGGUCCCCUCCUUCUGUUCGACGAGAGUCUGUACAACUUCUGUCUGGCGAACGAGCUCGAGUUUCUAACCGUUCGAGUGUACGUGGGGGCGUGGAUGGGGAUCAUAGCGCUGGCCAUCGCCUCCGUGGAGGGUUCAGUGCUCGUCAGACUCUUCACUCGCUUCACCGAAGAGAUCUUCACGGGUCUGAUCUCUCUCCUCUACAUCGUCGAAACGUUCAUCAAGCUGUACAACUACUUCGUGAAGAAUCCGCUUCUCGACGAGUACAGUUUCAUUCCCGAUACCAACGACACGAUAUACUGGAACCCGAGCGUGAACGUGACGGAAAUGACGGUCGUGUCGCCGAAAACCGGCGACGCGGUCGUUAUCCCGUUGGAGGAACCGCAGAGCCUGAUACCGAGUCGCAAUGUUGCCGGAUUGUUGAUCAAUCAACCGAACACAGCGCUGAUGUGCACCAUUCUGUGUCUGGGCACGUUUCUCGGCGCAUAUUACUUGCGAAUAUUUCGCAACAGUCACUACCUCGGUCGAAGCGCCAGGAGAGCGUUCGGCGACUUCGGCGUACCGAUCAGCAUCAUCGUGUUCGCGCUGAUCGACUUCGCGGCGAUGGUGAAAACGGAGAAACUCUUGGUACCGGAAGGUCUGUCGCCCACGCAACCCGGCAGAAGUUGGAUCGUGUCGCCCGUCGGGGUACACAAACCCAUUCCCCUCUGGAUGACCAUGGCUUGCAUCGUGCCAGCGUUGCUGGUUUACAUUCUCGUCUUCAUGGAAACUCAAAUCUCCGAGUUGAUCAUCGACAAGAAAGAGCGGAAGCUGCGUAAAGGUAACGGUUACCACAUGGAUAUCGUAGUAGUUUGUUUGAUGAACGUCGGCUGUGGUUUGAUGGGCGCACCGUGGUGCUGCGCCGCCUCCGUCAGGUCGCUGACGCACGUGUCGGCGGUGACGGUGAUGUCCCGCACUCACGCACCCGGCGACAAACCGCACAUCGUCGAGGUGAAGGAGCAACGGGUGAGCGCUCUGUUGGUCGCCGUAUUGAUCGGCGUGAGCGUGCUGAUGGCGCCGUUGUUGCGACGCGUACCGAUGUCCGUCCUCCUCGGAGUGUUUCUCUACAUGGGCAUCUCGUCGACGAACGGCGUGCAAAUGUUCGAUCGCGUUAAACUGUUUUUCAUGCCGGUGAAACACCACGGCACCGCCAAUUACGUCCGUCGCGUGCAAACGUAUAAGAUGCACCUGUUCACGCUCAUACAGAUUCUGUGCCUGGCCAUACUCUGGACCGUGAAGAGCACGAGAGCGGCCCUCACGCUUCCGUUCUUCCUGAUUCUAAUGAUACCUCUCAGGGCACAAAUGACCCAUUUUUUCACAGCUGCCGAGCUACGAGCACUCGACAGCAAAGGAUCGGAACACGAGAGCACAGAGGACGAGCCAGACUUCUACGAGGAAGCUCCGUUACCUGGUUAGAUAGUGCCUUUAUUUGACUUACUUCGAAUAUACCUUCUCCUCCUCCUCCUCCUCCUCAUCCUCGUCUCUUCCUCUCCCGCAACAAAAAUAUUAUUCCUGCUUCUCGUUUUCCCUGCUUCCCUGAGGUGUUUUGUUUGGAGGGAAUUUGUUCAUUUUUUUCCGUAAACCGUAAACCGUAUCACGUAUCAGAGCGUCUUUCAACGCUAGUGGGAGUUCGCGAUGAAGGAAGAGUCUAUUUUCAUGAGAGAGCAAAUAUGUAUACCGAUGAAUUAAGAAUGAACGUAGAUAAAGGGUAGACAAAGGGGGUUACUAUACCCAUAAAGAGGCGGUUAACUCGUUAAAUUCGUAAAGUUUAUUUUGUACUACAAAAUUUGUAAAUAAUCGAUAACGUUUGUGUGUAUCAGAGAAGGUGAAACGAAAUCUAUUUUUACCAAUAUCUUCGAUGUGCAUUGGUACUCGAGCGAGCUAUAUUUUAUAUGGAAUACAGUAACGUUAUCUAUGAUUAUAGAUAAUACACCACAAUUUUCGUAGAAGAUACUUCAAGUUGAUCUAUUCGUUUGUUUGCUGAAAUUUACGAAAAAGAAACUAAUUACGUGCUACGAAGCAGCUUGAUAUUGCUUUGAAAUACCUAAUAAAUGUAACGCAAAACGUGUCGAGUAUCAAAACGCUAUCUAAUAUAUUUGUAAUCGAAAUUUGUGGCGAUGCGUUUCAUCCUUCAUGGAGUCGAUGGGGGAAAAAGGUGCCUCUGAGUGCCUCUAAAGAACAGUGAUGAACGUUACCGUUGCUCAGGAAAAAUUUAAGCGUAAUGGCACAGAGUACGAGAGUGCCAAAUCUAAAAGAUCACAGAUUAUUUAUGGUGCUGGUCCGUCCGCGUGGAAACAACGUGGACGAAUGAAAACUGAAUCUCUUGUAAAGAGAUGUCCGAGUAGUUCUUGUUAGCUGUUCUCAUCGAUGAACAUUAUAACUCGUUUCUUUGGGACAGUAACUCGUUAGCACUACAUGCAAAGAAUUACAAUCAUUUAGCAAUAUCUGUUGAAUAUAUAUGGUCCAAAAAAUGUUAUCAACACUUUUUCUGGAUGAAGAACGGUAUUUUAUAAAUAACUUAAAAAACAAACUUAAAUGUUGAGAACGUGAAAGAGAGAGUCUUCGUUGUAUUUCGACUGUUGCGAGUACUUAAUUGAACUUAAUAUUUUACCGAUCGAGGAUCGGGUCUUCUCGUCGACAUAGAUUUUAUUAUUUUAAUAUAACUUUUCCAUAAAGUUCCGAUUGCGAAGAAGUCAUACUCGUAUGUAUAAAGCUAUUAACAUUUCGAGUCAAUUUAGUCUUCGAUAAGACACCAAACUUUCAAGUUCUUUUAAUUGACAUUACGUUGCACGAAUAAUAUUUUUAUUUUAAAUAAUGAAACAACUGGUACUCCUAAAAGUAUAUCUAGAUAAGUACCUGAUAAUAUCUUUAAACUCGGAGAAAACAAUAAGCUUCGCGAUUCAAGAACUUGAUGGACUACUUCCGAGAAAACUUGGGUCAACUUCAAUCCAUACUUACUUAAAAAAAAAAAAAACACAAAAGUUUUCGCUUAAACCAAUCGUGUACGUACUUAAAAAAUAGAAUAUAAGCAAACUUAAAAAUAGUAAAACUACAUUGUGCAAGUAAUAAGCUCCUCCUUUAAAUAUUCACUGUGUACGUUAUUUUCGAUAUAAGAACUGAUCAGUAUUGGUAGGUAUUUCGCCUCGGUAACUAUUAAUUUUAUCAUAGUCGUUAGUUUUUCAAAUGUAAAGUUUGUACAUUUUGAAAAAGACCAAGCUAUAAUAAUAAUAUGUUACCGUAUAUCGAAUACGUGCAACAGAGGGGAAAAAAGUGAUGAAACUGACUACAUAUUUUGAACGCUGUUACAAAGAGAAAAGACAUUCUAUUUUAAUUCGUUAAAAUAUUUUGCUAAUCCACUAAAGUACCUUAUUGAAUAACGAAUUUUAAUCUUACUAUUUCUGUAAAGAGAAUAAUGCGUUGUCGCAUUACUUAUUACUGCUAAUUAGUAUAAAACACCAGUUUCGAAUCAAAAACGUUAUGCUGCAUAAUUGUGAUAAAGGCCCACAGUUACUGUAAACAAAAUACUGGCAGUACUUACGAGCAUGUACUAUUAGCAUGAAGUUUUUAACACAAAAUUUCAUUAGAUAUGUUACGUCUAGUGCAUUAAUAUGUUACUAUAUAUAUACACCACUGAUAUUACCUAUAUUGAGAGAUUAUCAGAACAAGUAUCAACUGUUAUGAGUUCAUCAAAAAAAAAUUGUAAAUAAUCUAGUUAUCGUACAGUAUUAAAAAGUAAUAAUUAGUAAUAGACUCCUAGUAGAUGGUUCGCGCCUUAUUAUAGAAAAUAGAGAAAUAAAACAUUC